UGGUGAACUCGCCGCCCUGCCCCGCACCGCCUACCGCGACCCAGCGCACACACAGCUGGGUAAAGGACAGUCCUCGACCUCACUUCACCUGCAGCGGCCGCUGCAGCUCGAAUAUGACGGACUCACGAUGGGGCACCUCGGAGUGACCGAUGUUGCGCAUUCAGUCGGGAGCGCGCAUGUGAACAUGGGGAACAGUAACGUAGUCUGUCACGGAGUGCGCAUCUAUUCCCACUUUCCAGGCCCCGGCUGCGCAGCGGCGUCACAACUGUCGGCCAGCAGACACCUGCAGAAACUGAACACGCAGUAUCGGAAUCACGGGCAACCGGCAUUCCGUCACCAGGAUCACAUGAACGAGCCACAGACUGUUAACUACCCCGAGCGGUUUGGAGACGGCAGCGACUCGGCGCACUCCGGUGCGUCUGAACGGUCUCCGGCGGCACUCCAGGAACACGUCCCCGGAAUAGACUCUGACCUGGUGGACGAGGAGGUUCUGAUGGGUCUGGUGAUAGAGUUCGGUCUGGACCGUGUGAAGGAGCUACCGGAGCUGUGGCUCGGACGCAACGAGUUCGAGUUGGUGGCGGACUUUGUGUGCAAACAGCAAACCAGAGUGAGCUGAGUCAAGAGAGAAGUUCGUUUCAGGACCUGUGGCUGAAGCUACGGCAGAGCGCAGUCUGUGGGGUUCCUGCUCUACUGCCGGAGCGAGGACUUCUGAUUACAGUGAUGAUAUCCAAAUCCACUGAUCAUCCAUCUCUUGAACCCUGCCUUUAUUUCUUAUGUCACAUAGCUACUUCAUGCCUCAGCCAGGCAUGCCAAAAUAUUUUCAGCAGAGGUUAAGUUUCUUGAAAUAUCAUGACUAGGUGGCACUACACAUGGUCUAGGUACCUUUUAACAAGAAAAACUAUUUUAAUGCAGUUUGAAGAGAGAUUCCCUGAAAAGGGAAUUUGAAUUUUCAGUAUUUGCUUAAAUACUCUGAUUAAAUCAUUUUUUCUUGAUGUUUUAAUGUGGAGACAUUUUAUUGUUGAAGAUACAUAAAUAGGGUAUUUAUUGUAUGGAUCAGAGUAGUUGAAUGUUGCACCUGGACUCCUGCAUAAAUGCUGUUGUUAUCGACCAUACUGGAAAUAAAUAAUGAACUUUUA